GAUAAGUGUAGUUCAAUGAUUGUCUUUGAAAGAUGAUAGUUGCUCUGAAUUGUAGGUUAUUUAAAUUACGAUUUUUUCGUUGUAAAAAAUAUCGUAACAAUGGUAUUAUCUAUUCGAAAUUUAAAAGAGCUGCCAGUAGUUUCAAUGAAUCUGAAUUUAAUACUGAAGUACAAUUUUCUAAUGGGAGUAAUCUUAUCAUCUCUAGUGGGAAAUAUGCUCGACUUAGUAAUAGUAGUACAGUUACAUCUAUUGGAGAUACAUCUGUUAUGGUCACAGCAGUCUGCAGUAAAAUUAGCAGUAACAAAUCUAUGCUUCCUUUAAUUGUAGAUUAUAGACAAAAGUCUGCAGCUGUUGGUCGUAUACCAACUAAUUUUAUGAGAAGAGAUAUAGGAACAACAGAACAUGAAAUUCUUACAAGUAGAUUAAUAGAUAGAUCAUUACGGCCAUUGUUUCCACAAGGAUGGAACUUAGAAACACAACUAGUAUGUAAUACACUUGCCGUUGAUGGAAUUAAUGAUCCAGAUAUAAUAUCUAUUAAUGGUGCAUCUGCUGCUUUAAGCCUAUCAGAUAUUCCAUGGAAUGGUCCUGUUGGUGCAGUAAGAGUAGGAAUGAUAAAUAACGUAUUAAAAAUAAAUCCUACCAGGAGAGAAAUGCAAGAAAGUACAUUAAAUCUUGUUGUAACCGCAAUGAAUAAUAAUUAUGUUGUUAUGUUAGAAGGAUCUGCUGAUAAUAUUAAUUUGAAUGAUUUAAAGAAGGCGAUAAAACAAGGUGUUAAAGAAUGCCAGUGUAUAAUUCUUGCUAUUAGGACAUUGCAAAAAAAAUAUGGUAAACAGAAAAUGAACUUUACUGUUACUGAAAUUGAAGAUGUAGAUAGUAUAACAGAAUACAUACAGAUGAACGCAGAAGAAAAUAUACGAGAUAUAUUGACAAAUUUUGAACAUGAUAAGUUAUCCAGAGACAAUGCUAUCUCAGAGAUUUUUGUCCGUAUGACUGAUAUUAUUAAGGAAAAGUAUCCUGAAGCACAUGAAAAAGUAAUAGAAAAUAUAUUUUAUAAGUUUGUUAAACAAAUUUUUAGAACGCUCAUCUUUGAAACUAAUACAAGGUGUGAUGGUCGUAAACUGGAAGAACUAAGAAAAAUUGACUGUCAAGUAGAUUUAUUUAAACCUCUUCAUGGUUCUGCGCUUUUUCAGAGAGGUCAAACACAGGUUUUGUGUACUGUUACAUUGGACUCUGUAGAAAGUGCUCUUAAGAUGGAUACGGCAUCUAUGUUAAUAAGUGGUAUGAAGGAGAAGAAUUUCUUUUUACAUUAUGAAUUUCCUCCGUACGCAACUCAUGAUAUAGGACGUAUAGGAAUUAUCGGUCGUAGAGAAAUGGGACAUGGAGCAUUAGCAGAGAAGGGGUUAAGAUCCAUUAUUCCAAAAGAGUAUCCAUUUACAAUAAGAUUGACUAGCGAAGUACUUGAAUCGAAUGGUUCUUCAUCUAUGGCUUCUAUAUGUGGUGGGAGUUUGGCUCUUAUGGAUGCAGGAGUACCGAUCUCAUCACCAGUUUCAGGUGUUGCUAUGGGUUUGAUAACUCAAUAUAACGAUCAAGAUCCCACUGAGAUUAAAGAUUACAGAAUAUUAACUGAUAUAUUAGGUAUGGAAGAUUAUUUAGGAGAUAUGGACUUUAAAAUUGCUGGCGGAAAAAAGGGUUUUACAGCUUUGCAAGCUGAUAUAAAAAUUACAGGUGUCCCUUUAAAAAUCAUAAUGGAAAUUGUCGAUCAAGCUAAGAUUGCUAAUCAGAAAAUCAUUACAAUAAUGGAUAAAGUACUAUUAGAGCCGCGAAAAGACCGUAACGAGAAGAUGCCGAUGGUAGAAGACAUAGAAAUCCCUGUACAUCAAAGAGGAAGAUUUCUUGGAGUAGGUGGUAUAAAUCUAAAAAAACUUUUCAUCGAAACUGGCGUUCAUGUAUAUUCAAAGGACGAUGAUAUAUAUACUUUAUUUGCACCUAACGAAUCCGCUUUAAAAGAAGCCAAAGAAAUAAUAGAAAAGACAUUACAAAAGACACGUGAACCUGUAUUAGAGUUUGGAGCUAUAUACACUGCAAAGAUAGUAGAAAUCCGAGAAACUGGUGUUAUGAUUACGCUCUAUUCUAAUAUGAUACCUACGUUAUUACCCAAUUCCCAGUUAGAUCAACGUAAAGUAUUUCAUGCUAGUGCUCUCGGUUUAGAAGUUGGACAAGAAAUAAAAGUUAAAUAUUUCGGUCGAGAUCCAGUUUCAGGUUAUAUGAGGCUAUCACGAAAAGUUUUACAAGAUCCCAUCUCUAUUGUAAGGACAUUAUCGUGAAAUUAAAGAAAAAUUAGGUUGUGUAUAUUUCAUAAAAAUUUCAUUAAACGAACAAAUAAACAAA